AUGAGCAGCGGGGCGACGAUAGCGAGCGGUGCGGCGACGAUAGCGAGCAGCGGGGCGACGAUACGAGCAGCGGGCAUCAACUUCUCUUGGGCAGUGCCCUCCCUGUUUUCCUCUCCCUUUCCCCCUGUCCUCCUCUCCCUUUCCCCCUGUCCUCCUCUCCCUUUCCCCCUGUCCUCCUCUCCCUUUCCCCCUGUCCUCCUCUCCCUUUCCCCCUGUCCUCCUCUCCCUUUCCCCCUGUCCUCCUCUCCCUUUCCCCCUGUCCUCCUCUCCCUUUCCCCCUGUCCUCCUCUCCAUUUCCCCCUGUCCUCCUCUCCAUUUCCCCCUGACCUCCUCUCCCUUUCCCCCUGUCCUCCUCUCCCUUUCCCCCAGUCCUCCUCUCCAUUUCCCCCUGUCCUUCUCUCCCUUUCCCCCUGUCCUUCCCUCCCACCUUUCCUCCCCCUCUCUCACAUCCCUUCCCUUUCCUACUGUCCUCUCCCACCAUUCACGCUUCUCUCAGCCAUCCCUUUCCCCCCUCCCCUGCCCCUCGCCUUCCCCCACAACCGUCCCUUCCCUUUCCACUACGUUCUCUCCUGCACCAAUAGUGGAUCGUAG